AAUGAAAAAAAAAAUUAAGAUUUAUUACUUUUAAAUAGAAAAUAUAAGUACAAAAGCUAUUUUGAUAUAUGAAAAAGAAGAUUUUCUAUCCUAAUAUAAGAGGAAAAUUGAAUAAAAAUCGAAUAUUUAAAAAUUAAUUUAUCAAAAUUGGAAAUUGUCAAAUUAUAUGGAAUUAAUGGAAAAAGAGGUAGAAAUAUUUUAUAAAAUAUAUCAGAAAUAUGGUCAAGAACAUGUAUGGGAGUUUUAUGAAACAUUUUGUAAAAAAGAACGAGAAGAAUUUCUUAAACAGAUAAAAACUAUUUGUCCAGAUACUUUUAAUAAAAUUUUAUUUAAAACAAUUCAAGAAGAAGAUCAGAAAGUUAAAGGAGAAAUUAAACCAAUAUCUCUGGAUAUGUUAGGAUCUACAAUUGAUGCGAGUCAAGAAGAACUCUCUAGAUGGAUGUCUAUUGGACUUGAAAAUAUUUUUCAUAAUCGAGUUGCUGUUAUUUUACUUGCAGGUGGUCAAGCAACGAGACUUGGAACAGAUGGACCUAAAGGAUGUUUUGAUAUUGGGCUUCCAUCUCAUAAAUCACUUUUUCAGUUGCAAGCAGAACGUAUUCGGCGUCUUAUGACACUUGCUCAAAUAAAAUACAAUAGUUCAAUGCCUGUGAGUAUUCCAUGGUAUAUUAUGACAAGCAAUUCAAAUCGUUCUGCUACAGAAGAAUUUUUUUUUAAGUAUAACUUUUUUGGUCUUGAGAAAAAUAUCAUUUUUUUUAAUCAAGAAGACAUUCCAUGUUUUUCUUAUACAGGAAAAUUUCUUCUUGAGACUAAGUCUAAAAUUGCUGUUUCGCCUAAUGGAAAUGGAGGAAUAUAUAAGGCGCUUCUUAAUUCAAAUAUUUUAGAUGAUUUAAUGGUUCGUAAAAUUCAACAUAUACAUUGUUUUUGUGUGGAUAACUGUCUUGUUCGAGUAGCUGAUCCUAUAUUUAUUGGGUUUUCAAUUGAGCGGGACCUCGAUGUUUCUACUAAAGUAGUUCGGAAACAUAAAGCUUCCGAAAAAGUUGGACUUGUUGUUUUGAAAAAUGGGAAGCCUUCUAUUAUCGAAUAUAAUGAAAUUGAUACUAAAAUUUCCGAGGCUUUAGAUGAAUCCUCAAAUCUCUUAAAAUUUCGUUUAGCAAAUAUUGCUAAUCAUUAUUUUAAUAUACGAUUUCUUUUCAAAAUAUCAGCAUAUGAAUCUAAAUUACCUUAUCAUAUAUCAAAAAAGAAAGUACCUUUUUAUGAUAUUCAAUCUAAAAAAACGAUUGUUCCUGAAACUUCUAAUGCUAUUAAAUUAGAAAAAUUUAUUUUUGAUGUAUUUUCAGAAGUUUCAUUGAAUAAGUUCGGUUGCUUAGAAGUUGCACGUUUUGAUGAGUUCUCUCCUCUUAAAAAUUCACUGGAAAUUGAAGAAGAUAAUGCUAAUACUUCUAGAAGGGAUAUUCUUUCACAAGGAAGAAGAUGGGUUGAACAGGCUCAUGGUAUUUUAAUAGGCAAUCCUUUUUAUGGCAUUGAAAUUAGCCCACUUGUAUCGUAUGCAGGUGAAAAUCUUGAAUUCAUGCAAGGAAAAUGUUAUCAAGUAUUGUCAAUCAUUGAAAAUGAAUCAUAAAUUUUAUUUAAAAAAAAAAAUAUACAAAUUCAUAAUAUUAGAAAGUCUUCAUGUGAUAUAAUAUAAAAACGUAUGGAAAAUAUAAACUAUA